AUGCGGAGGAUUUGGGCUUUUCGGAAGUGUGUGCGUGUGUGUGUGAAAGGCACCGCACGAAUCCCCAUCAUUGAUUCCAACUGUGGCCAUAUCCCCCUCCCCCUCCCAAUACUAGUUUUCCUCGGGAUCCAGUGCAGAAACCCAGGACCUGUCACAUCACUGGCUUCCUGCCGGCGCUUUAAGGUGAUUCUGAUGUCAUUUGCUACAUUGAGUUUAAAAGCAGCGCAAUGGGUUCAGAGGCGGGAGAGCGAUCCCGCUGAUUUCCAGGAGAAGCUCCCAGCUCCAGCCCCCGGGUUAGGGAUGGGCACCAACAUUCUCAGCUGCGUCGCCGUGUACUUCGCCGUCUCCCUCGGGGCUUCACUGGUCAGGUCAACUCCUCUGGUGAGGACGGAUUCAGGAGCUCAGCUGGAACGGGACUGGGGUCAGCAGAUCCGACUUAAGCACCUGUACAUGGAAGGCAACAGCAGGCACUUACAGAUCAAUCCUGAUGGACAUAUUGACAGCUCGAACUCCCAGAACUUUUACACUCUGUUGGAGAUCAAAGCAGUGGAACCAGGACACGUGGUGAUCCGAGGGGUGAGGACGGGACGGUACCUCUGCAUGGAUACGGAAGGCAGCAUUUUCGGAUCAAUGACCUACCGUGAGGAUGAUUGCAAUUUCAAAGAGGAACAGUUACAAACAUUUUACAACGUGUACCACUCCCCAAGACACAAGAUGGUGUUGAGUCUGAGCCUAGACAAGCGCCCAUUCAUCCCUAACAGAGAACUGCCUCCGCUCUCAAUGUUCUUGCCGCGAGAAAAUGAGUUGCCAACCACGAUGCACAGCCGGAGGAAUCCCGAGCGAGACACCAACGACACAGACCCCUUCGAGAUGAGAACCGGACAACUAGCGAGUCCCAAACUCUCCAGAAUUGGCCGAGGGUAAUGCUGCAGGCCCAUGUUAUACCGACUUUGAGAAUCCAAUGGCUAUGAUUAACAACAUUGACCCAAAAGUACUCUCACCAGGACCCGAUUUGACCUAUGUAUCGUAACUGUGUAAUCCAACAAAGGGACUUAGAGCAGAUAAAACCAGUUGAUGACCCACUGGCGGGACUCGUCACACAAUGAUGAUGUAAGGGUCACUCAGCUCAUUCACCCUAAAUGACUCUAACGUUUUGUAUUACAGUGGUAAGCCGAUUUUCCAAAGGCUUCCAUUAUUCUUCCUUGGUGCCUAUUCCAUACUCUUCACUUAUAACGUGAAGAAAAUGACCCUGAUGUCAGUUCUGAAUUUGCCUUUGGCUGGUUGAACUAACUUCCCCUGUACUUAACCUUGGCAACUUCAUUUUAAAUGACAUUUAGGAUAUAUCUUCAAUUCCUUUACUGUCGAUGACUCCUUUUUGUGAUAGACGCUUUCUGCAGUCUUAUCUCAUAUCUCUGACCUAGUAUUUCAAUGACCACCUUUUCUAUCGCUGCACCUUUUGCAUUUUUCAAAACUCAGUGCAGAAUGCAAUACAGUAGAUACAGUCAUACCAAAGCAUGGGACAAUCUGACCAGUACAUUCUCUGACUUGCAUUCUACUGUUUUUGCAUUCUGCCAUUUUUUUCUGAUGGUUUCUGUAUUAGGUGGGCAUACUCAACAUCUAGUGCUGUCCACAAAGACCGCUAGCCAUUUUUGGCUUUAUUUCAACACCAUUCAUGGAUUAUGCAUUUCACCUAUUUUUGUCUGCCAUACCCCAAAUGCACUACUUUCCAUUUCUCCUCUUUACAUUGCUCACUUGUAUAUUUGUUUCAACUCAUUCCAACCCUACAAUUUGGUAUCAUCCUCACAUUUCACUAUCAUGCCUGAAGCCAGGCCAUUGGGCGGUAUGGUGGCUCAGUGGUUAGCACUGCAGCCUCACAGCACCAGGGACCUGAGUUCAAAUCCAACCUCGGGUGACUGUGGAUUUUGUACAUUUCCCCCAGUGUCUGCGUGGGCUUCCUCCCACAGUCCAAAGAUGUGCAGGUUAGGUGGAUCGGCCAUGCUAAAUUGCCCGUGGUGUUCAGGGGUGUGUGGGUUAUAGGGGAAUGGGUCAGGAUGGGAUGCUACAAGGGGCGUUGUGGACUUGUUGGGCCGAAGGGCCUGUUUCCACACUGUAGGGAAUCUAAUCUAAAUUUGAAAUAAUAACGCUCCCAACUCUGAAGCUUGGGGUUUAGUAUUUCAUAUACCCUGACAUAACUCCUUUAACCAUUACUGGUUGCCUUGUUACUCUUAACCAGUUCCUUUUCCACUUCCAAAAUUUACCUUAAAAUUUGAAUUUAACUAUUCAUCUUUUGUGCAGUGGUUUUGACAAAUUCCAUUCUGGAGUUUAUGCAGACCAUAUUUAGGGCCGACUACAGUCCACUUGAAUUGUUAUUACCUUGAAGAGUUUGAAGAGACUGAUGAAGCCAGAACUUUCUCUUCAAAGUCCAGACUUAAUGAAUAGCCCCUUUCUGUAUUGUAAACUCCAUGAAUGAUACUUCCCAGUGCUUAUUUCCUUGGAAAGGAAAUCACACACACAAAAUUUAUAUAUAUAAAGAGCAGAAGGCAAUGUAAAUGCUUUCUAUUUCACUUAUGUAAAAGACUUGAAUCACUCCCUCGCCAUAUAUAUGAAAUUAAUCUUGUCUGUGAA